CUAUUCCCGGGUCCUCUCUUCCCUUGUUUGCCACGAUUGUAACUCGGCACAACGCACUGUCUCUCACAUCCUGGCCAUCCACUCGCAUCUAGCCCACCCCGCCUAGUGUCCACUGAUUUGUUUUAGAUUCUCCGACAAUGGCGAAUUUUUCUGGUAGCGUCUUCGGCGAGACCCUCCAAAUAAUCACCAGCACCAAGUUAGAGGAGCUCGCAAAGCAACGUAUCAGCUUUGAGGAAAAAUAUGCCAGACUGCUCGACUCUGUAGAAUCCGAAAAAGACGCAUUAAAGCGAGUUGGCAUCCUACUUGACGGCUUGAAGGAAUGCCUUGGCGUUCGGACCAUGAAGAGUUCCGAAAAUGGGGGAGCUGAACACGUACUUAUCAGCAAAUCAAGGAAUACUCGCCUCGAAACUGAUCUCCGGAACCUGCCCCGUUUUAUUGAGCAAGCUCGCUUUGACCCUUCUGUGUCAAGUAAGGACCUCUUGGAUUGGGAAAAGAAACUGCUCCAGUACCUUUCAAUUCAGUCCACCAAGUUCCAAUACGCCGAUCUCUACGGGAAGCUCGUCACAGAAUGGCUCUCCUCUGAAAAAUCUGCAAAAAAUGAUGGCAACGUUGAGAUGGUGGAGAGCUUUGAAGAGGUGCCUGGUGCGAAGAAGCUUGCUAAUCGUGCAGAAUGGGAGAGGAAUGUGUUCCAGGCGGCUGAAGUAGAUGAAAAUGCACUAAGGCUAUAUCUCGAAGACCUCUUUGUUAGGGACGAGAAAGAAAGUUCCUCAGCAAUCGACGAGUUGCGUAAAAAGGUCCAAGAAUUCGAGAAGAAUCUAACUAGGUCGAACCAAUUUGACCUAUUGUCACUUCGUCCGACCAUUGAAGGAUUACAGAACUCUGAUCUGCUUUCAAACGAAAAGCGGGAAGCGUUAAGAGAUUUUCUGGACAACAAUGUAAUAUUAACAGAACUCUGCGACAUUCUCAAUGUGCGCAUGGCAGCUCUUGAGAAUUGGAGUUGGGGCCCGCAAGUCCUAGUGGAACAGAGGAGGAAGAUCAACGGCGAAUUCUCGAUCCAUUUCGAUCCUGACCUUUUACAAGCGAUUUUCCUUCAUUACAUCGGCGUACAAUGGUCUGUAUUCUUAAAGUCAGCAUUUAGAGACUUGCAUAAGCACGAAGCUUGGAAGAGUUCUUUUACUAAGGUCGGCAGGGAUGAGCGCUUACAGCGCAUGUGCUUCCUUGGUAAAAAAAGUAUAAAUGUUUCAAAGAGUCUCGAGCAGAAGCGGAAAGGCACGCAUGACAACAGGUACUUUGCACAUCAAUUGCUGGAUUUUGACGCACAAAAAGUCGAGGUGGAAGAGGGCGAGGAAGAAGCAGAGUACGGGGACUACGCUGCCAAUAAACGGGGCACCACCAUGGAGUGGAAAUUUCACACAGGUCAUCCUGUGAAAUCUGCGACUAAGUCGCAUUUCACCUCGAGGCGUCUGGUUGCUGAAAUGGAAGUAGAUGGAACUGAUGAGGAUGAUGAAGACGAGAUGUUUUCUGAGGAUUCGUUUCAUGACGAAGAUGAAAUUUACCGUCAUCAGUCCAAGAAACCUAUGGAAUCAAAGCAGAGUCUGCUUCAUCUUGUCGCUACAGAAAUCAUCUUCAAUACUCGGCUACACGGCGAGUUUACCUGUCUCCGCACGACAUUUGAUUCCUGGGAUUCACUUCUACCGCAUCAAACAAUAUCCGCAGUCCUCGAAUUUCUUGGUGUAUCAAGGAAAUGGAGGACUUUCUUUGAGCGAUAUCUACAGGCUCCAUUGAAGUUUGCUGACGAUCCACCAUCUGAGCCACGUUUGCGUCGGCGAGGCAUGCCGAGCUCUAAUACAUUGAGUGAUGUGCUGGGCGAGACAGUACUCUUUUGCCUGGACUUUGCUGUCAAUCAGGCGACUGGCGGUCCAGAUCUGUAUCGACUCGGCGAUGAUGUAUGGUUUUGGAAUAAGAAUUACGAGACAUGCGUGAGCGCCUGGGCCAGCAUUCUGAAGUUCACCGAGAUCAUGGGAGUUAGGCUGCAUGAGAAGAAGACUGGCAGUGUGCGAAUCUCACACAACAAAAAAACGGAGAUUGAUGAACGUCUUCCCGGAGGUGAGAUUCGCUGGGGCUUCUUGCAGCUUGAUCCCAAAAGCGGCCGGUUCGAAAUCGACCAACGCAUGGUUGAUGGACAUGUAGAGGAAUUGCGCACGCAGCUGCAAGGCAAAUCGAAGAGUGUUAUCGACUACAUUCAAGCCUGGAACUCUUACGCGGCUACAUUCGUCAGCUCGAAUUUCGGAAAAGCUGCCAAUUGCUUCGGCCGCGAACAUGUCGAUAAAAUGCUCGCUACUCACCGCCACGUUCAGGAGCAAAUAUUUCCUAAUGGCAGCAUCGUUCAGAAAAUCAAGCAGAUGAUAGAAGAGCGUUUUUCUGUAAAGAACGUCCCUGACGGCUUUCUCUUCUUCCCAGUCGAAUUGGGCGGCCUGGAUCUUAAGUCACCGUUUGUGCACCUUUUGCAGAUCCGUGAGUCGGUCAAAGAAAAUCCUUACGACUUGCUUGAUGAAUACGAGGAAAAUGAGCGCGACGACUACGCCACUGCCAAACGUAGAUUCGACAAUGCAGACGAUUCGGUCUCACAACGUAAAGACACUGAUGAAUUCUUCUCUUUUGAAGAGUUUGUCAAGCACCGUGAGGUUUUUGGAAGCCUGGGAAAGGCAAGUUUAGUGAAGACUUACAAUAAAUUGCUGGAGCGACCGCAGGAACAACCUGUUGCUCUCGGCACAUCGGUUGCGCAGGCUGUAACUCAGCUGUCGAGUCAGACCAACCUACGAGGCAUCCUUGGUCGUUGGGCGGACAUGGAUGCUUAUUGGAAAUGGAUCGCACAGAUGUAUGGCCCAGAGAUGAUCGACACGUUCGGCAGUCUUAAUGUUGUCGACUUUGGAUUACUGCCUAUUGGUAUGGUGUCGAUGUUUAGACAGCGUCGUACCAAAUGGCAAGGCUGAAUGGAUUCAUGAGAUGUUUCAAGUUGGGUAGAUCGUUCCUGUUUGUCGAAUAAUAUGGCUAUCUUAAAGCU